GAGGAAGUUGUUCUUCCGGGGUACGGCUACUGCUUCCGGAGCAGCUCAUGCGCUCUGGGGUUGUGGGGAUCGGCUUUCUCGGGUCCUGCGGACCUCUGCUUUCACCCGCAAUGAGCUUCCUCAAAAGCUUCCCGCCGCCUACGUCGGAAGACGGGCUCCGGCUGCAGCAGCCAGACACCGAGGCCGUGCUGAACGGGAAGGGGCUCGGCACCGGCACCCUCUACAUUGCGGAGAGCCGCCUGUCUUGGUUAGAUGGUUCUGGAUUAGGAUUCUCACUGGAAUACCCCACCAUUAGUUUACAUGCGGUGUCCAGGGACCUAAGUGCUUAUCCUCAAGAGCAUUUGUAUGUUAUGGUGAAUGCCAAAUUUGGAGAAGAAUCAAAAGAAUCUGUCUCUGAUGAAGAUGAGGAAGACAGUGAUAAUGAUGUUGAACCCAUUACUGAAUUUAGAUUUGUGCCCAGUGAUAAGUCAGCACUGGAGGCGAUGUUCACUGCAAUGUGUGAAUGCCAGGCCUUGCAUCCAGAUCCUGAGGAUGAAGACUCUGAUGAUUAUGAUGGAGAAGAGUAUGAUGUGGAAGCACAUGAACAAGGACAGGGCGACAUCCCUACAUUUUAUACCUAUGAAGAAGGAUUAUCCCACUUAACAGUGGAAGGGCAAGCCACACUGGAGAGAUUAGAAGGGAUGCUUUCUCAGUCUGUGAGCAGCCAGUAUAAUAUGGCAGGAGUCCGGACAGAAGAUUCAGUAAGAGAUUAUGAAGAUGGCAUGGAAGUAGAUACCACACCAACUGUUGCUGGACAGUUUGAGGAUGCAGAUGUUGAUCACUGAAGAUGAUGUAUGCUGCUAUACAAUUCUCUUAUAACGGCAGGCGAGAACUUGGUGCCUCUUCCACUCCAGAGUGGGGCUGGUGAAAGGCUUUUUCCUUCUCCAAAACUCACUUUUCAAGACAGACUGUCAUGAGACAGCAAGCUCAUUACCAACAGAAGAGACUGUGACCUUUAUCAACAAAGGUGAAUUAACUGAGCGGGUAUUUCUAGUUCAUUUACCCCCAAAUUUCCUGAUUAGGUGUCUUCUGAGUAGGCCUCUAAUUCCUGCCUCUGCUGUGUGCACAUCUGUUGGCCGGAUGGUUUCCAUGGUGAAAUGUACAGAACUCACGCUGUAUAGACUGGGUGAGAAAGAGAUGCUGAAGCUUAGAUAUCUC